AUGUCUGUUUGUGUGGGAUGCCCUAUGGAUGUGGCAGGCCGCAGGUUCAUGGUGAAUCUCAUCUGCUUACCAAUGGAAGGGUUAGAUGUGAUUCUGGGUAUGGAUUGGUUGGCCAACAACCAUAUGGUGAUCGAUUGCGGGCAACGCAGGGUGGUGUUUCCAAAUGCAGAAGGACUGGAAUUGAUCUCAUCCAACCAAGCAGAGAAGGAGAUUGAAGCGGGAGCUACAUGUUUUAUGAUAGUAGCUCAAACGGAGAAGAAGAGUACCGCUAAAAAGAUUAGUCUGAUUCCUGUGGUAGAUGAAUACGCGGAUGUCUUCCUUGACGAAAUCCCAGAAUUGGCACCAAGAAGGGAUGUUGAUUUCACCAUUGAUCUCAUCCCUAGGGCUGGCCUAGUAUCUAUGGCACCAUAUCAGAUGGCACCAACUGAGUUUGCAGAGUUGAAGAAGUAG